UGUUUUCAUUCAUCGAGCAUAGCCGAUUUCUAUCAUAAAUUGAUUAAUUCCAGUUAUAUGAACAAAUCCCAUGAUCAAAGCAUAAUCACAAACCACUUUACCUAUAUAGUCGCCGAAUAACUCGAUUCAUUGAUAUGAAGAUUUGUGGAUAUUUACCUACAGUAUUUGUGUUUCAUUUCAGUUGAAAAUAUAUUUACCAAAAAUAUAUUUACAAUAAAUGCAUUGAAAGGUAUUGUUUUCAAAGUAGUACUACGAACGAGAAGGAAUUAAAAAACAUCCCGAAUGAAGAAUUUUCUGUUUGAAAUAGGUUUACUAUGCUAAUCUGUUUAUCGUUGCAUAAAAAAUUGUGACAGUUAACGCGAGAAGGAAAGCCUUAACUAUUUAAUAUGUGGGAAUAAUAUAUUAGUUUAAAUAAUAUUUGUGUAAACUCAAGGUGGAUAUAUUGUAUGAAGAGUUCUAAUUAAGACAUGGAAUAGAGAAAUAUUUACGUUAUUUACCAGAUUAAUAUAAGACGAUUUGACAUUAACGCUGAAAUCUUGGCGUUGGGAAUAAUGUAGUUAGAAGUUACAUGUCUUACAAUAUGUAGGUAAAGGUUAUUGGAGAACAAAAAAAUAAAUAAAUAAAAAUGUGUAGAUGCAAGAAAAACCACUCUAUUUGCCAUUUUCUGUGUAACUUUUGGAAUUCGAUCAUAUGGACAUUACUGUUGGGAUAUACAGCAGGUUACGACCCAAGAGGUCGAAAUAGAAAUGGAGAAAAGUUGGUCCCCAUUCAGCCAUCGUUUGCACCAUCAGAACAAAACUUCACCGUUUUUAAAGGACACACAGCUGUACUGACGUGUAUUGUAGAAAAUCUUGGGACAAAAACGGUAGUAUGGCGCAAACUGUCAGAUAUGAAUCCAUUAACAGUAGGAAAGAUGACGUAUGUAUCAGAUUCAAGAUUUCAGAUACAUCAUAUAAUCCACAGAAACAACUGGAAUUUGCACAUAAGGGAUGCAAAAGAUUCAGAUUCAGGCACCUAUGAGUGUCAAAUCAGUACAAAGGAUAGAAAUCUGCGGAAGACUGUCCACCUCCAAGUACUAGAGAGACCAGAAAUACAACUAGAACCUUCAGGAAUUAUGAUCACAGGCAAUUUUCACGUAGAAAUUGGAGAUACGCUACAUAUGAUUUGUAACGCGACAGAAGCGGAAACGCCACUAGAAGAUAUUGCCUGGUUUAAGGACGGAAAUGAACUAGAAAAGAACGAUAGAGCCACAAUUUAUAAAGCUGUGUCACUAAAGGGCAAAUCAAUUAAAAGUGAUUUGUAUAUAGACAAGGUUGUAAUGGCCGAUUCUGGAUAUUAUUUGUGUCGAACUACGGGCGAUCUAACUACACAUGAACAUGUCCAGGUUUUAAAUACUGCUGGUAACAAAGAUAAACGGGGAACUCUUAUCGACACGUCACUAGGAUAUCAAGAAGGCUUGGAUAAGAAAAACGCGUCUACAAGUCUUCAUGGAAAAGCAGUUUUGUUUGUUGCAUUUUUCGUUGAACUUUUGAAACACAUAUUUUCAUAACAACAAAAUGUAACAGGGGUUUCGUUGAAUUCCAAAGUAUAGAUUAUGUGCAAUUUCAAGAGUGAAAACAGACUGAAACGAAAUUUACCAUUUUUUGGUGAUAGUUCUGGAACAUUUACCGAACACCACGUCUACUGAAAGUGAAAAUAGCAAUGGACAACAACACAGAGUACAUGUAUUGCGCCAGUUGACUAAAUGAAAACACCUGCCGGACAUAACAAUUUGGCAUAAAACACUAUAUUCAUGCCUCAUUGAUAAAAAGAAUUGUCUGCAAAAGAAACGGGUAACAUAAACUUCUUUGCAAUCUGCUUUUUAUUCAUCAUGCGUUUACGUUUCCAUAGUGGUCAUUCGUGUAAAUAAAACAUGUUGUUCAUAUUACCAUCAGGAUGAUAAAGAAAAUAUCAUCCGAGUCCAGGAAAUAGGUGUAAACAAACAAAGUUUCUAUAAUUUCCGUAUAUAUUGGACACAAAAAGGAACUCGAAAAACCUACAGACAUUAUGUUGGAAAUGAGGAUCAAAUAGAACCACGUUUAAUGGUAUACAAAAUUGAAACUAAUUCAACUAGUCAAAGUCUAGUCCCAUUGACAAUUAGUUUUCAUUAUUUUUUAUGUUCACUUUCGUGUUGAAAAUGUAAAGCAAUACAUUAUCAUAUUUUGUGAAAAAAUAAUACUUACAAUGGAACUAUAUUCACGAGUCCCAAGAUAAUUGACGCAUGUGAAUUAUUCAAAUGUACAAAUGACAUUUUACUAUUCAAGUGUUAAUUUACAACAUACCAAAGAUUAAAUUUUAAAUCAAAGUGCUAUUAAGUGAGAUGAAUAUUGUAGUAUAUAUACUGUAUAUUUUGUUUGAUCGUCUGUUCCGUUUGUUUUUGUUGUCAUAAACUUAAGUGAUAUUCCAGCAUUGUAAAUUAUGCAUUUAAUUGCUGUCAUUCCAUAUUUUUUAUUAAUUUGUUAUACGAGUAAGUGUCUAUGUUAUCGGUAUAUUGCAUGUCUGUAUUAUAAUAUUUCCCCUUUGCCUUUUGAUUGUUGCCAAGAAAUAUUAUUAUGUAUGCUUUGCAAUAUGCAAUAGUUUUAAUGCGACAAACAUCACGAAAGUCCUGUUGAUAUUCAAUUUAUACUAAACAUCGCUAAAUAUUUGCUGUUUAUUGAUAUUGUUUCCACAAGGUCCUGUGUUAGAAUUUAAUUUAACUUAUUAAUGAAUACUUUCGCAAAUAUUAUCUUUUAUAUAAAAAAAAAAUAGUAUUACGCCAAAUAGAUAUUAAUAAAUGUAUUGCGCAGCUUAUGGCGUAUAUUAACCCCAAGCAUGUGCUAUUUACCUUUUCGUAUAGUAAACCUUGUUCGAUAGACAAGAUUAAAUUCUUACAGUAUUCUACCUCUAUUAACUACAAAUCUGUGUUCUUUGGGUUAAUGCCAUCAGUUCAUUACCUCAGCGUCUCUUUUCUUACUGGGUAAUUGUAAAAAUGUAUAUUAUAUAUGCAUAUAUAAUAAACAAAAAAUAGAAUUUUAUGAAGAUUUUAUCGAUACAGCAAAUAAAAAAUCUGAACUGGAAAUAUGAAGACAGUCAACAAUUUAUGUUAUGUUUCAAAGCAACAGGCAGAGAAAGAGGUUGAUGGGGGUAACAAAUGCAAAACAUUACCAAACAAUUUCGUCACGUGCAAAAUAUUACUAAACUUUUUAUCUUAGGGAUCAUUUUAAAGGGUAAAUUCCCCCAAACAAAUAUUGUUCAAGGUCAUACUCCCUGGAGACUUGUGUAAUGAAUUUCUUUAGGCUAUGUACAUUUUUAAGUUUUAAUUUCAAUGAUAAUUAUUGUCAUUGACUCUAGUAUCUCAAUAAAUUAUUCAUAUUUCACAUAAAUAUUACAUUUAAAAUGUUAACAUUUUGUGUAUUGAUAUCAUAUUUUUCAUGUCACACUUUUGAUCAUAUAUUCAUAUUGAAAACCAAUUAAUAAAACUAAAAUGAUAUAUGAUUAUUCA